CACACGGAAACCAACAAUGGAGCUCCUUGUGCUCCUUGCCCUUGUUUUCUUGGGCUUAUCCGUACUGAUCCGGCGGCGUGGCUGCCACACUGGUGUUAGGCGUGCCGGCGCCCUAGCUCCAGCUGCAUUGGUUAUCCAGAACAUCGUCGACCCUGCCGCUGCCCAGUGCAUGCUCAUCGAGAACGCCGACCACUUCUCGAACCGCCCAGCUCCGCCCUUCCUGGUGGCGCUGGAAAAGAGCAACGGCGGCCAACGAGGCGACGGCCUAACCUCUGUGCCCUAUGGCCCGCUCUGGAGUGCUCUCCGGCGCAACCUGAUGGCUGAGGCGCUUCAUCCGUCCCGCCUCGGGCACAUCGCCCCGCUGCAGCGGGAAGCCACCCAGGGCCUUAUUGCGGCACUCGGGAAGGAACUACCGGUGGUGUCCGUCCGCGAGCACCUCUCUGCCGCCGUCUUCUCGGUCGUCGCGCGCCUGUGUUUCGGCGACGACAUCGAUGAGGGCUAUCUACGCGCCAUGCGCUGCGGGAUACGAGACAUCCAGCUCAUCGCUGUUGUGGAGGCCAAACCGUCGUCUGGCUCCAUGAUGGCCAAGCUCACGGGGUGGAGAGUGCUGCGCCAGCUCUUGGCCUGACACGCUCGGAUGGGCGAGAUAUUCCUCCGUCUUGUCGCCGCACGGCGGGAGUCCCGACGUCCAUGCGACGGGGGCAGCCGUCGUCCAUACGUCGACUCUCUCAUCGACCUACGCGUCCCCGAUGGUGACGGUGGCCGCCGUGCUGUUAGGGAUGACGAGUUGGUGCUCCUCGUGCUGGAGUUCCGGGGCGCCGGCGCUGGGACGGUCGCAGCAUGCCUGGAAUGGACCCUCCCCCACGUUGUAAACGACCAGGAGGUCCAGGAAAAGCUGAGUGACGAGGUCCAAAGCGCUGGCGGCACUGUGGUCUCCAGCUCCAGAAGCCUCAUCCAUGGCAUGCCGUAUCUGAACGCUGUGGUGCUCGAGAGCCUCCGCAUGCACCCAACGGUGCCCUUCAUCCAGCGCCACGUCCAUGCCGACGCCGCCGGGUUUCUCGGAGUCGGAGGAACAACCAGCGACUUGCUCAUGCAGGUCUCCGUGGGAGCCAUCGGGCGGUACACCAAGACAUGGACGGAUCCCGACGAGUUCCGACCUGAGCGGUUCCUGCCGGGCGGCGAGGCAGAGGAUGUGGGGCCUUUGCCGGGUCCCAAGGAGAUCAGGAUGGUGCCGUUCGGCACCGGGCAUAGGUUCUGCCCUGGCGUGGGUCUGGCCAUGAUGAACAUCAAGUGUUUCUUGGCUGCGCUCGUGCACGAGUUCCACUGGAAGCCACCCACGGUGGGUUGUGCUGGCGUCGACGUGACUGAGCUCAACACCUUCGUCAAGGGGAUGAAGACGCCGCUUUCCGUGCGUCUCACGCGACGCACUUUAUCCUCUUGAGAUCUACACUGUCAUCCUUGAUGGUAAGCGUGGUGGAUUAGUGUUGCUGAAUAAGUUUGGUGAAUAUAAAUGUUUGUGUGGCGUCAAGUGAAAUAAAAUGGAGGUGUACCUUUGUCCA